AUGUUUGUGUUUUUCCUUUGGUUUCAUUUUUUUUUUACCUGGAAAUGGAUGAUGGGUGCAGAUCAUUUGGUGUCAAAGAUGAUAUAUUCUGCUUGUUUGAAGGCAUGCUCGAUAACUUAGGUAGCCUCAGGCAACAAUAUGGUCUAGCCAAGUGUGCGGAUGAGGUGAUGCUGGUGAUUGAAGCAUACAAAGCGUUGCGUGACCGAGCUCCUUACCCUCCCAGCCAUGUUGUCGGUCAUCUCGCUGGCAAUUUUGCGUUUCUAGUAUUCGAUAAGUCCACAUCCACAUUGUUCGUGGCUUCUGAUCAGUCAGGCAGGGUUCCUCUUUACUGGGGGAUUACAGCUGAUGGAUUUGUGGCAUUUUCAGAUGAUGCAGAGAUGCUUAAAAGUGCAUGUGGCAAAUCAAUUGCUUCUUUCCCUCAGGGGUGCUUCUUUUCAACCACAGUAGGCGAGAUACGAAGCUAUGAAAAUCCCAAGAACAAGAUCAUUGCCAUUCCUGCACCAGAUGAAGAGAUUUGGGGUGCAACAUUCAAGGUGGAAGGACCAGCGGUUGUUUUAGCCAGAGAGUAAACAAAGAGAGGUGACAGUGUUUGAGCUGAGGUCUUCAACCAUGAGAAAUUGCUAAGUUCAGAAUCGUCUAAAUAUCAUGUAAAUGGCUUGAGUAAGAACAGAUCAAAUCCUAAAUAAUUAUAGUUCCUUUUAUGGUAAUCAGCAUAUAGUUAUGUCUUUUUAUGUAUGAACAAUGCAAUAUCCGUGGUACAAAUUAUCAUAAUUAGUGCUGUAAUUUACCGAAGUUAAUAUAUCACCACCUCCAAAAGA